GUGACCACCACCGUUCUCCACGUCGAGCGCACGAGCCUCCCUCGCGGCAGCAGCUGGCGGUACUUUGUUAGCGCGGCGCCGAGGCGGCGGACGGGAAGAUCGCUGGGAAAAGUGUCAACACUUUAGGAAAACACCGGAGCAAAGCGCCCGUUAGUCGGUACGGAGGUGGCGUUGUUCUGACCGCCUGACGGAGGAUUCGACCCACGUUUUAACCGACCUUCGGGGGAGAUUACCAAGUUCCCCGGAGAGGAAUCCCCCGUCCGGGAUGCGGGACUGAGACAAAGGGUCUGGGGCUUCCCGUCGGGCUGCAGGAAUAACUUCAUCCUUUGGGCUUUCUCUGGAUGGGAGAGAUGGAAAGGGAGUUGCAAUGGUGGAAGGGACAGCUCGCAGCCGAUAUCCAUCAAUCCCUCCGCAUCAAGGAGCUGAAGCUACCGGCGUACCGGGCGCUCUCGCCACAGAUCGGGAUGCGGCGGUACUUUGCGGACCUGCUGGCCAUCCUGAGCAACCGCUACCAGCUGUGCCCCACCGCCCGGCACCUGGCCGUCUACCUCCUGGACCUGUUCAUGGACCACUACGACGUGGCCAUCAAGCAGCUCUACGUCAUCGCCCUGUCCUGCCUGCUCCUCGCCAGUAAGUUUGAGGAGAAGGAGGACCGCGUGCCCAAGCUGGAGCAGCUGAACUCGCUGGGCUUCAUGUGCAGCCUGAACCUGGUGCUCAACAAGAAGGACCUCAUCAAGAUGGAGCUGCUGCUGCUUGAGACCUUCGGCUGGAACCUGUGCAUGCCCACGCCGGCCCACUUCAUCGACUACUACCUCCACGCCUCGGUGCAGGAGGGCGACCUGUACAACGGCUGGCCCCUCUCCUCGCUCUCCAAGACCAAGGCCUUCAUGGACAAGUACACACACUACUUCCUGGAGGUGUCGCUGCAAGACCACGCCUUCCUGAGCUUCCGUCCGUCCCAGGUGGCGGCGGCCUGCGUGGCUGCGUCUCGUAUCUGUCUGCAGAUCUCCCCCAACUGGAACACGGCCCUGCACCUGCUGACGGGCUACAGCUGGGACCACCUCACGCAGUGCAUCGAGCUCAUGCUGCUGGCCCACGACAACGACGUCAAGGAGGCCAACAAGACCAAGUCCACGGCCCCACAGCGCCUGGGCUCGCUGCAGCUCCAGCCCCAGCCCGCCCACCUGUCCCCCGUCUCCGCCCUCCAGCGGCCCGCCUCGUCCUCGUCCACGCCUCAGCCCAUGCUCUACCAGCCCGAGGGCUUCCCCCACCUGUCCCAGCACUCGCCCUCGCUGUCCCAGCUGCAGAUGAUCGCCGACGCGCGCGCGCUGGGCCCCGUGGUCAGCGUCUCCCAGGACUUCCUCCAGGGCCACCGCAUGGGCCUGCUGGCCGCCGCGCCCUCCAUGACCCCCGGCGGCGCCUUCCCCUCCUACCCCGGCCUGGGCUCGGGCCUGCAGCCGGGGCCCCGGCCCCUGCCGCUCCAGGGGCCCAUCUCCAUGCAGAUGGCGUUGGCGGCGGAGCCCCGGCACUGCCUCACCAUGGCGUACAGCGGGGGCUACCUGGGCGCCCACCACGGCUUCACGGCCGGCUGCUUCGACAGGUGACGCCAGGAGACGGAGAGGGACCCGGCCACCGGGCAGGAGUGCGCCCCCAUGUACCCCACGCAGCUCCCGCCCCCCAUCACGCCCCUGGCCGACCUCCUCGCCCUCUCCGUCAGCAGCGUGCCGGGCGGCGCUUGGCCCGACUCCUCCUCCUCCUCCACCUCCUCCUCGUCCUCGUCCUCCUCCCUCUCCAAGCGACGGCUCAAACGCAAGCAGCGUUCCCGCGGCAACAUGGACCCGGUGGAGGUCAUCACGCUGACGUGAGCGCCGGGCCGACGGGCGCGCUCCGACGCCACAGCGACACCCACGGAGGCCCCGGGGGCGGGUGGCCCGCCGGGCCGUCUGUUAUCACUGUGAGCGCGGUUGGACCGCCGAGCCCGACGGAAGAGGACACGUGGAAUGAUCUAGACUAUGUACGGUUAUCUCGCUGCUUUAAAUCUGAUAUUAAAUCCAAAAUGCAUUAACCAAUAAGGAGAGGAGAAACAGGCCAGUAAAUAACGCAUUUCUUUUCAACCCUCCACAAAUAUCUAUAUGCUUUAAAGGAGCCCGUAGCCGCAUGGCCAGGGAACAAAGAAGCUACGCCAUUUAAUUAAAUUACAGAAUUCCUUUAUGCGCCGGUCUGUCGACGUGAAUGAAAUGCCGCUCGGCUUAGAUGGAGCUAUAGAGGUGGAGCUAUAGAGGUGAGGCUAUAGGGGUGGAGCUAUAGG